CUGUUAUGGAUCAGAACCAGAACCGUUACUGUCCCUGCAGGCUCAUGGCUCCCCCUGCUGGAGAAGCACAGAAAAACAAGCUGGACCCAAGAUGGCGGCGGGAGGCGGACAGCAGCGCGAGGGCAGGUUUUAAUCCGGACCGAACCGAGGCGGGUCCAAAAGGAAGCAGCCAUGUUGUGAUGGGAGGAAGAGGAGGAGAUGGCAGCGGAGCUUUUCUCCACCAGCCUUCCUCACGGCGAGGACGAGGAAGAGGAGGAGACGAAGAAGAACUUCGUCCAGCUGAGCGAACCUGAGGAAUCCGCCGAGCGCAACACCGUCGGCAUCGACGACGGCGACGACGGCGACGAUGAUGAUGAUGAUGAGAGACUCAGCUGGCAGGGAGCCCACCCCACCCUGAGGGAGAGGAACGCUCUGAUGUUCAACAACGAGCACAUGGCCGACAUCCACUUCAUCGUGGGUCCGCCUGGAGAAACGCAGACGGUCCCGGCUCAUAAGUACGUCCUGGCGGUCGGCAGCUCCGUGUUUGGAGCCAUGUUCUAUGGAGAUCUGGCGGAAGGACAGUCGGAGAUCCACAUCCCGGACGUGGAACCAGCUGCUUUCCUCACCCUGUUGAAGUACAUGUACAGCGAUGAGGUGGAGCUGGACGCCGACACGGUUCUAGCCACGCUCUACGCCGCCAAGAAGUACAUUGUCCCGGCCGUGGCGAAGGCGUGCGUGGGCUUCCUGGAGACAAGCCUGGAGGCCAAGAACGCCUGCGUGCUGCUGUCGCAGAGUCGGCUGUUUGAGGAGGCGGAGCUUACGGAGCGCUGCUGGGAGGUGAUCGACGCGCAGGCCGAACUGGCGCUGCGGUCUGAAGGGUUCUGUGAGAUCGACCGGCCCACGCUGGAGAUCGUCCUGCAGAGAGAGACGCUCAACAUCCGCGAGGCGGCGGUGUUCCAGGCGGCGCUGAGCUGGGCGGCGGCAGAGUGCCGGCGCCAGGGACUGGCGGUGACCCCUCGGAACCAGCGGACCGUGCUUGGGAAGGCUCUGUACCUGCUCCGGGUCCCCUCCAUGUCUCUGCAGGAGUUUGCAGAUGGACCAGCGCAGUCAGAGGUUCUGACACUGGCGGAGACCCACAACAUCUUCCUGUGGUACACCGCCACCAACAAACCCCAACUGGACUUCCCUGUGGGAAAACGGGUCGGCCUGGCGCCGCAGCGGUGCCACCGCUUCCAGGCGUCCGCCUAUCGCAGCAACCAGUGGCGCUACAGGGGGCGCUGCGACAGCAUCCAGUUCGCUGUGGACCGCAGGAUCUUCAUGGCCGGGCUGGGCCUGUACGGAUCGAGCGGCGGGAAGGCCGAGUACAGCGUGAGGAUCGAGUUGAAGCGACAGGGAACCCUUCUGGCCCAGAACCUCACCAAGUUUCUAUCAGACGGGUCGAGCAGCACCUUCCCCGUCUGGUUCGAACACCCCGUCCAGGUGGAGCAGGACACCUUCUACACGGUCAGCGCCGUCCUGGACGGGAACGAGCUCAGCUACUUUGGACAGGAGGGAAUGACCGAGGUGCAGUGUGGGAAGGUGACCUUCCAGUUCCAGUGCUCCUCGGACAGCACCAACGGUACCGGAGUGCAGGGGGGGCAGAUCCCAGAACUGAUCUUUUACUCCUGA